AUGGCGGAUCCGAAGAAGAAGCACGGUGGAACCGCUUUCCUAUACCGUGUUUUCGGAAAACACCGGGGUGGGAAAGACUAUGAGGAUCAAGAGGAUGCAGAUCAGGAGAGAGUGGAUCAGUAUCCGUUUAGGCCGGAGACUCGGAUCGAUAGACUGACCUUUCCAUGUCCCUAUCUCAAACCACUGGAGUAUAGGCUCGCACCACGAUAUGAGUCAAUGGAACUUGCUGGUGGAGCUUCGGCCAGUGAACUCUUGGAUCAGAUAGUAGUGCCACAAGUGCCUUAUAGGGUCCUCCCUUCUAAUACCCCCGGAUCCGAGAUUUCGAACGGAGAAUCAGCGGUCAUACAAGAGGAAGUACACGAGGAAGAACAAGUCGACGCGGCACUGGUUUACUCGAACACUCUAAGCAAUGAACACCGGGGUGAGUCGUUUGAUGGUGAACGGGAGGAUUCCGAUAGCCAGCCAGCACCUGCUACACUUGACGGUAGGCCAGAAGGUCCACCGGAAGAAUCAGGUUCAGGUCCCGAGUCUCAAGGUAACAGGGAAACUCGAAAGAGUAUGGAUGUACGAGUUGCACGACAGAUCAUGAGUGUUUCUAGAGCAUCGGCUUUGAGCGCCGAAGAUGUCAUGCAUUGGAAAUACUACUUGGAAUGCUAUGCGCAGGGCAAAUUUAAUCUCAUGGAUCCGCCAGAACCGGUCCCACACAAGGAAAGCUUCCAGUAUCUACCUGCGAUACUCCCAUCAAAUGAGGCAGAGCGAUUAUCUUCGAGUAGUGAAUUUGAAACUGUCUGGCCUCACUGGGAGGAACAGAAAGCUACCGUGCUCAUUCAGGCAGCACUUCAGAGAUUUGGAACUCCCUAUGCUGCUCUCAGCACCUUUGAUGAUGCCCAUGAGCUGUUCAAGGCCGAAUACGGCUACAGCAUGUCACGGGUGGAUCGCUCCAUCAGUCUCGCGGCACAUACACUUUAUACAGCCGAUGUACUUGUCAUCCUGGACGCCAGCAAGGAUUGGCGUUUCCGACAAAAUCCGCUUGUCAAGGGAGAGCCUAAUAUUAAGUUCUUUGCCGCGGCUCCCCUACUCAACACAAACGGAAAUGUUGUUGGAGUCUUUGCGAUAUUCAGUAGAGAGCCCCGGGGCAGGUUCACACCAUUUGAACGGCGAGAGCUCUCAGAGUUUGGCCACCUGGUCAUGAAAGAUCUGACUGAACAGGCUCAAUGGCUGUCGGACACUGGUGUACGCUCAACUCCACUUCUGCAGCGGGACUCUGUCAUCAACGGGGAUAUCCACCAAAGGUAUGAGCGCCCCACCAGGCCUUUUGAUGCUGCCGAAAUGCAUGAAGACCUCUUCCCGCCAGCAUUGAAAUUCCAUAAAGCCAAGACACCACCCAUGGCCUUGAAGAACUUUAGCAAGUCCUCCCCAGCGGAGGUUUUCGGCAGCGGUAACCAACACACACCACCCUCAUCGGCUAAUUCUGAUUCUGAGGAGUGGGACUCAAAGCUUCAAGGUCUGGCCAGAGACAAUAACGAGGUGUCGGUGUAUUCCGGAGCGAAUCCACAGCUAUUCUCCCAGGAUGUGACCACGCCAGACUCGGAUAACUGGUGCAGCUCAUCUCCUCGGCCCUGGUCAUCAUCAGAUAUCACGUCUCUCAAUAUUAAUCCUCCAAACACACCUAUUGCCUCCGCGGCAAAGGAGAAGGAACCGCAGCGAUUUGAUUUCACGGUGGCGGACUUCAUGUCGUUGUCAGACAACGACUGUCAGGAAGAGCAGAGUUGCAAUGGGAAACCCCAAGAUGUUUCGAGCAAUUCUCAUGUUGUUAUCACAUUAGAGGCUAUAAAGGCUGCAAAGUCUACCAUGGAUACCGACGGAUCAAUGUCAACCGCGGAACACAGGGCUCGCGCUCUUCAGAGGCUAUCAGAACGGUCUAAUAACGGUUCAACAUCGAUCGAGGACAAUGUUCGCGAACCUCUACCUAUGCAAGUUCCUCAGCCAUUGAAAUUGUUCAAGUCGAACAUCCCUCGACCUACACCAGGCUCCAAUAGCGUUCGACCUGUACCAAGCUCAAAUAACCUUCGACCUACGCCAAGCUCAAAUAACCUUCGACCUACGCCAAGCUCAAAUAGCCUUCGACCUGCACCAAGUUCAAAUAAUCUUCGACCUGCACCAAGCUCAAAUAUCCCUCGACCUGCACCAAACUCAAAAAACCCGAUGGCCGAGGCCGCCUUUGCCUGCGCAUCCAUGGCUCAAACUUUCGGUUAUGAUCUCAUCUACGCCGUUGAGCUCACAGCUCCCCGGCCAGUGAUGACGGAUGAGGAGCUUCUUAAACCAGGAGGUCUAGGGCUGAAAAUUCUAGUUGCACAUGGAAUGGAUCACCCCGUUAAACUUGAUGCUCUCCUCCAUAUCCGUGCCUUGCGCUCUCGUGGUGUCCAAUUCUGGAAGAAUAUUCGAACUACCAUCGACCAAGGCGAUUAUCAGGAGGGCCGAUUGAUGGCGAUACACCAUACUGAGGGAGGGCCGCUAAGAUACCGCACCGGUGGGAUCGUGUUCGGCGCCUUUCGGAAACCAAAGCUCGUUGAAACUAGAGAGCGCCAGAACGAUGCAGCUGACCUGCCGAAACUAGAGGAGGCUGUCGAAGCUCUGAAAGCGACCCUUGUGCCACCGCGACGACUAAACCAUCAGCCGAGCAGGUAUCGCCUCCAUCCUGCCAGGGACCCUACGGGAAUGGGUAAAGGAUAUUCCAAUUCUGCCCGCCCCUGA